AUGGUUAGCUAUGAGGCUGGUGUUAUGGAUGCCCAUGACUGGAGUACAAACAUUCGUGAUCGUUACACAAAUGAAUGCCCCCCGCGGGACUCGAACCCGCGACCGCUGGCACAGCAAGUAGGGUCACUACAAACUGAGCCAAACGUGUCGUCGAAUAGUAUUAGGUAUAACUGUGCAGUUUCUCAAGUGAGAUGUGAUAGAGCUUUUCUAUUUAGUCGAGUAAAACCUAAGCACCGCCCUCCAACCCCUGUUUUUCAUUCAUUCGCGUGUCGCGGCCCAGUGCGGGUAUACGUCUCUCGUUCAGGAUAUAAACAAUUAUCAACAGUUGUCGUUCACCAUUUAUUCAAGAAGACGUCCUUUCAAGAUAAAUAUGAACAGCAACUGAAAUCAAAACCCAGAAAAAUAUUUACAAGAAAUUCUAAACAC